GAGCGAUUUGCACCUGGACGCCGAGCUCAAGGCCCAAUAGGCAAUAGCCUCGUUUCCAUGCGUUUUAUUUUUUUGGUCAAUAUCAAAACGCACAUGCUUAGGGUUUAAAGCUGCGGGGACUUAGGGGAGGGUUUUGCUCUACGAUCUGUGGCUUUCUGGAAGCAAAGUUUGCACCAUAAUUCUUGCAGUUCUACUCAUCAUAAGAAAGAAAAAAGGGAUUGCUUAAUUGAAUCUGAUAAUGUCUUCUCUGGCCUUAUCUGUUUUGUGAAUCAUUGUUUUACUGAUUCAUGAAAUAUGAAGUUUGUUGCACUUGUGAGAUCUGUUCAUGCCCGUUUUACUCUACAUGAAGUAACUGGACCCUUGCAGGUUCGCUUUUUCCAGCAUGAUUUUGUUCCUAGAGAUCCCAAGGCCAAGCCCAAAAAAUACAAAUAUCCAGCAUUCUAUGAUCCAUAUGGCCCUAGACCUCCACCCUCUGAAAAAAUCAUUGAACUUGCUGAGCGUAUUGCUGCUUUACCCCCUGAGGAGCGAUGUCAAAUCGGCCCUACUCUGCAAUACAAGUUAAAGCAUCCAAAACUGCAGACAAUUUCAACAGAAGGCAUGGACUUGGGUGUCCAAGGAUCCCCAGCUGCUGGAGCUACAAAGGUUGAGGAGAAGAAGGAGAAAACAGCAUUUGAUGUGAAGUUGGAGAAGUUUGAUGCAGCUGCAAAAAUCAAGGUUAUUAAAGAGGUGAGAGCUUUCACUAAUUUGGGAUUGAAGGAGGCCAAAGACUUGGUUGAGAAGGUACCUGUUUUGCUUAAACAAGGGGUCACAAAAGAGGAAGCAAAUGGCAUAAUAGAGAAGAUAAAAGCUGCUGGAGGAGUUGCAGUUAUGGAGUGAUAGCUUGAGCUUUGUUGUAUAAUUGGUUCUUGGUUCCAGUUUAAUGGGCUGAGCAUUGCAUGGAAGAAUGACAAUCUCAAUACUCAGGCAUUGAUAUCUAUUAGCAAUUGUUAUCAGGGAUAUGAUUCAAUAAUUAGUUUAAACUUGCUUCA